CCGCGGAGCUCCACGCCGCCGGAGACGCGCUGAGGUCGGGGAGGACAGCGGGGGGAGAUGGUCGCCGCUUCGGGCUCCGGAGGCUCCUCCGGCCGUCAUGUGAACGCGGACGAGGCGCGUCAACCUGUCGGGGAUGAUGGUAAAGCCAUGCACCUGGGCAGCGCUCCAUAGCCUUCCUUGUCCCUCGCCUCCCACCUGAUCACCUGUCCUCCUCCAUCGCUCCUCACCUUGACUCCUCCUCCUUCCCUGGUCGCCAUGACGACCACCCUGGAGACGAUAGCCCAUCCGGACCAGGAGCUGAGCCCCGAGCGGCUGGACGGCUGCCUGGACUCGGGCGGUCGAUACAAGGUGGUCCCCUCCAUCGUCUGCUCCAUGUGCUGCCUCUUCGGCAUCAUCUACUGCUUCUUCGGCUAUCGCUGCUUCAAAGCGGUGAUGUUCCUGACGGGCCUCAUGUUCGGCUCUGUCGUCAUCUUCAUGCUCUGCUACAAGGAGCGCGUGCUGGACACCCAGCUGAGCGUGGAGGCCUCGGUGGGCAUCGGCCUGGGCAUCGGGACGCUCUGCGGCCUGGUCACCAUGCUGGUUCGCAGCGUGGGCCUCUUCAUGGUGGGCCUGCUGCUGGGCCUGCUGGUGGCCGUGGCCACCCUGGUGGGCAUGGAGGAGCUGUCCGACAGCCCGCCGCGCUCCGUCUGGGUGCCCCUGGGCGUGCUGCUUGGCCUGGGCAUGCUGUUCGCCGUGCUCACCCUGCAGUGGCAGCGUCUCUUUACCACGCUGUCCACGGCGGUGUUCGGCGCGGCGGUCAUCACGGUGGCGCUGGACUACUUCGUAGAGCUCUUCGCCCUCGUGUUGUACAUGUACGAGCGGAUAAAAGCCGAAUCUGGAAAGCCUGUGUGCUGGCUGACUUGGGUGGUGCUCGGGGUGUGGCCUGCCCUCACCCUGCUGGGCGUCAUGGUCCAGUGGAAGGUGACCGCCGAGGGAUACUCCCACACCAAGGUGAUCAUCAGCCGGCAGCAGAGGAGGAUGCAGGUGAUGCGGAUCCGUCAGCGGGACGACCGCUACCGCAACAAGAAGAAGAAGAAGCAGCAGCAGGGCUCCACCUCCCACCAUCACCACCAGGCCAAGCAGCUCCAUGCUGAGCCCGCCUACCGCCGCAAACCCAACCCCAUCCGCCGCUACGACACUGAUGUCCUCUCGCCGAGCUACAUCCAGAGUUUUCGGGACCGACAGGUGCAGGCUCAGCCCUUCCCGGGUCGGCUGGUCGGAGGCUCCCAUGCCGUGGUGGAGAUGGGCUACGACUGCAGCUCCACGACGCCCCUCACCGGAGCAGCAGGACCUUCACUACGGGUCUGAUGCCUCCACAACACCCCGAACACUCCACUGAACCAGGGAGAUAUGUGACUCUACAACCACUACCCCACACCUGUGCUAGAACAAACCACCACUGGGUUCAGAUGCAAAGAUUCUGGGUUUAGCCACACACCUUAGAGGAAAAAAAUAGCCCUUUACUUAUUAAAUGUUGGAGCCGUCGGUUUGGUGCAGAGGUUUGAUCGACCUCUAUUUCACUGUCUGUCCGUAGAUUCAAAUGCACUAAAUGCAUGCAUGUACUUGACACAAACACAUUCUGCAGCUACAAUCUUAAGAGUUCCGCGUGGGAACAAGAAGCAGCUGGCUGGACCCGACCUGUAUGUCAAAACAGAUCAGGGAUCGGACUGCAAACCUGCCUCAGGUUCCGUCAUGGGCUUCAAAACACAACUUUACCCUCGUUGCUGUUUCGACCACCGUUCCUCAACCGAUGCUGCAGAAGCAGCAAGUUCCUUGGCCUCCUUAGAAGUCCUCCAUGAAUGGGGGUAAGGGCCGUCCAAUGCAAACCGGGAUCCGUUAUUUGCGUUCUGUGCCAUCUGGACUACAAACUUAAUGUCGUUUUUAAAGAGGGGGAAACCCUUUGUCACCCUUGGUGCUGGACGAUACACUACUUCAAGCGUCAAACUGCUCUCUGAAGCCCCGGGAAUCUGUUUCAACGGGUGCCUUGCCCCUCCUCGGACUGCGCCACUCAGCGACAGGAGGGGGGUUACUGGCAGAUCUCCCAUCAGUGGCUUGUUUUUGCAUUAAACGUGAGGAUUCUUCAGGGGAGGAGAGGGAUGUAGCCGCGGAGCUACAACAAGCAGGGUAUAAAGUUUCUGGAGUCGGCUUGUUGUCUUCACAGAUGCCUGGAUAUUCGAGGAGGAUUAGCUUUUUAGCUGACAAGGAGGAAGACUUGUUUACACUGGCACCUCAUGAAAUCUCACCCCAGACAUACGUAGUAAGAGAACCUUCAACACAACUUACUGAGAAUUUCAUCACUGCAGUGGAAAACAAUCUCCAGGAGAUGAUUUACACUGCUAAUCAAAGCUGAAAGAUUCGUCUAACAUCUGCAAGGGUGUGAAAAAGUCAAGAUUUAAGGCCAAACUGAAGUUAAAUUUUGCUAUGAAAUCCACAUAGAUAGAUCUGUGAGGUUUGUUAUGACCUAAAAUGGGUGAAAUAGUAAUUAGCAAACAGAGUUUUUGGUGCUUGACAAUGUUAAUGCUAAUAACGCUAAUGUUAAUUGCUAACUACAACAUGUGGAGUCUGUUAGGUAGCUGCUGAAUUCCGAGUAUAAGCUAGUUAGCGUAGCUGGCUAGCUUUUGUUUUCCAAGUCAAGCUUAGUUGCACCAUGACGUUUUCUAAAAGCUGAACACUGUAAGAAAAGAAAAGAUAGACUUUUUCCACAAUAUGACCAAAAAAAUUUCUAUCCCAUUUGGAAAACCAUAUACACUGCUGUUGGAAUCAAUAUUAAACAGAAAUUGACGUUUUUGUUAAAAAGCUAGCCAGCUACUUAGUCUAGCUGUUUGUUGGAGCUUAUAUUUUACGCAGAAAUGGAUUUUUUUGUUAAAAAGCUAGCUGGGUAGUUAGCCUAGCUGGUUGUUGGAACUUACAAUUUAAACAGAAAUGGACAUUUUUGUUAAAAAGCUAGCCAGCUAGUUAGCCUAGCUGCUUGUUCGAACUUACAAUUUAAACAGAAAUGGACAUUUUUGUUAUAAAGCUAGUCAGCUCAUUAGCCUAGCUGGUUGUUGGAACUUACAUUUUAAACGUAAAUGGACAUUUUUGUUAUAACGCUAGCUGGGGAGUUAGCCUAGCUGGCCAGUUUGCACGGUGGCUCACUUUAAUAGCAACAUGAGAAAACCAAAAUAAUCACUAAAGACGUUAGAGUCUUGAAAGUUAGAAGCUUUUUCUGAAAUUAUAACCAUAAACAUUUCUAUUCUUCCUUUAAAACCUGUUCUCUGUUGUUGGAACUCAUAUUUUGCAGCAGAAAUGGACAUUUAGGGCCAAUUUUAGGCACAAUAGAUUUGUGUUUCUUGCUGCUUAUUUCCUCUAAAUUCACUAUUUUGGGACAUGUUUUACUCGUUAGCCAUUGUGUGUCGGCUUUUAGCUCAGUUUCUUCUGAGGAGAUCUCUUUCUAGACCUGUUUUUUUUUUCUUUUUUUGAAGCACUGGGGCUAAAUACCUGAAAAAAGCACCUUUUUUUGACUGCAAUGAGGCGCCAGUGUAAAUAAGACGUGAAUGUGAAUGAACAAAGUGGACUAGUGGCCAUAACAACCUGUACUUAGACCAACUCCUUCCAUCAUGUGCAUUGAUUUUUGCUUUAUUCAGUGAAAAUGUGAAUACUUUGUUACCGUCUUUACCUUUUUAAAGGGAACCGAUGUGGUGGGGAGGGCGGUGGGGUUUUUUAUUUGUCAAUGCAUGAAACCACCUCCUGGUCGAGUCCCUCUGUGUGCAUCGAUGUGAAAUUUGUACAUAAAACACAGCACUUACUAACUUUAUUUCUGUUUUAUUUUUUACCAUUUCUUUGUUUUCUUUUCAUAGCGCUCUAAUUUCUUUUCCGGUGGGAUGUAUUUAUUUGCUGAUUUAUUUAUUUGGUUCUGUAACAGGAGAGUGUGACGUCACCGCUGUAGGCCGGAAGCUCCAUGCUUUUUGUUUUUAUUUUUAAUUAAAAACUGAAUUCCGACUAUAAUUAUUAAAGCAUGUGUUCCUACGGGCCUGAA